AUGUGUACUUUAAGGUUGAGAGUGCUUUAUAAAACAAAGAAUUGCGCUUACUGUAAGGUUGAAGCAGCAAAGGUAGUUUUCACAACCAAUGGAGAAAAGCCGUAUGAGAACUACAAACGCGAGGAUACACCUUACUACGAUAAAAAGUAUGGCAUUCGUUUUGAAACCGAAGAGAUGUACAAUGAGACGCUGGUUUUAUUACAACACAAUUGCCCAGAUAUGGAAUGUGAAGCAGAUGCCUUUGAUAGUUGGAAUGAAUUAAAGCGUCAUGUUAAACAAGCACAUCAAGGCAAACUACUGUGUGAUUUAUGUUUGAGGAACAAGAAGAUUUUCUCACAUGAACAUACACUUUACACCAAUGCUCAGCUUCCGAAGCAUUAUCGAGAGGGUGACGCCUCAUUUAAUAAAGAAGACGAAACUGGAUUCACAGGCCAUCCAGAGUGUGUCUUUUGUAGAACAAGAUUCUAUGGUGGUGAUGAGUUGUUUGAGCAUUGUAGAAUCAAGCACGAGCAAUGUCAUCUUUGUGUGAAGCACGGUAUCCAGCAUCAGUACUAUGCUAAUUAUAAUAGCUUGGAAAAACAUUUCAAUGAGGAACAUUUCUUGUGUCAAUAUAAAGAAUCGCAUGAAUUAAACGAGCACAGUGGAACACUUUCACGUCAGCAAAGAGCCAAACAAAGCCGUGUUGAUGUGAACCUAAGCUAUUCGGGCGAACAACCUCGUACAAACAGUAGGAAUCAGCGUGCUGAUAGUAGCAACAGUAGCCAUACUGGUAGUAACACCCCAACCUUAUCAGCUGCUGAUUUUCCCAGCAUUGAUGGUCGUCCAGGGCCAGCUUCGUUGUUGGUCUCUCAGCGAGCUGAAAGCGGGAUAACUGAAAGAGAACAUUGGCCCUUGUUAGGAGAAGAACCUCGCACAGAUAGAAGCGGAAGAUCAUCGCCUGCCGUCAGUAAUGAGCCGGAUACAAGCAUCGUAUCACGCCAUGCAGCUGCAUUUGAUCGAGUGGCGAAUCUUUUGAAGAACGUCGAAAACGUUAUUAAAUUCCGUCAAUUGAUUACAGGAUUCAUCAACUUGAGCAUAGAUACGGCUGCCUUCGUAGAUAAGGUUUAUGAACUGUGUAAAAAAGAUCCAGAAUUCACUGCCAAGGUUCUAACAGCGGCGAAUGAUUUGGUUGAUGAUAAAACAUUAAGAUCUGAUGUAAUUCAGAUAUGGAACAAAAUGAAAAAUCCAGUGAGUUUCAUUUUCUUAAAUAUUACACAAAACAAAACUUCAUGA